AUGCCGCCGCUCUCCUACGUUCCGGGAAACGUAUUCUGGAGGCCAACAAAACUUAUGACGAACGCUAGGGACCUUUCAAGGGAUGAUGAUUUUCUCAGCCAUUUGUUGGUGGAAAAGCUCGGGACUGGGACCGUUCCCCUGCUCGUUCACAAAAUGGAUGGGUCCCGAAGACUUCCAAAGACAAAUGCAGACGACAUUUUGAGGAUUGUUCGACGCCUGGUGGCCACCAAAGGUCCUAUAUCACUUACCAUACGCCAGUCGGUCGACCAACUUCUCGUGUAUGUGGCCCUGACCUGUGCCCUCUUUCUGUUCACCUCUCACACCCUCCUCCUCAGUCUCCCUUCUAUCCGCUACUACCUCAGGCAGGCAGACCAAAGGCAGAUUAACGCGUUUGCGACCCAUGCGACUCGCUAUUUCGAGCUCUACCAUCCCUCCGGUUGCAUUGAAAUCGCACACACAUCGCGCUACUCCCAUAAGACCGGCAAAUCCGAACUCUGCAUUCUUGCCACGCGCAAUCUUCUUCCUGGUAGUGUUAUCACGGAACUGAAAGGGUCCAUGGCGAAUCUUUCCGACGAAGAAGACCGUGACCUCAAGCGGACCGACCUGAGGAACUCGGACAUUCGGCGGGAUUUCAGUGUGAUUCACUCCAAACAGAUGAAGAAAAACCAUCUUUUCUUGGGGCCCGCUAGAUUUGUCAACCACGACUGUAACAACAACUGUGAACUUUUCCGUGAGGGCAAAUAUAUCACCUUUCGGGUGCUCAGACCAAUCGCUGUUGGCGAAGAAAUUACAGCUCACUACGGUGAUGGCUACUUCGGCAAGAAGAAUCGGCAUUGCUUAUGCGAAAGCUGCGAGCGACUGGGCAGAGGUGGUUAUGCGCCUGACCACACUGACGAAGACCCUCCAUUGAGCUCUGAUUCUGAGGCGGACAGCUCCUCAGAAUCGGGCGCCGAGUCAGAUGGAGGUGUCGCGAAGCCACGUCUGGAUCUCAAUGAGCGAAGGACUAGGCGAGGUGUUUAUGCAACGAUGCCGGUGGCGGACGAAUCAGAUGACGAUACCAACAACCAUGUUACCGUUGUUGACGGCGAAAUCGCUCUUGUGGCGGAGGUCGAUAUUGUUUCCGACCUGACAUCGCUCCCUCCCUCACGAGCACAAUCGAGUGCAGUCGCUGGCCCAUCUUCCCUACCCACUCCCCCCAGUCCCGCCAUGUCCCCUCUCACCGUACUAUCCCCUGCCUUGACUGCACGCUCUUCCUCCGACCUCCCGUCAGUCGAAGACCCAAUUCAGUCAUCCACUUCAACCGCAUAUCGUUCUAUUAUCUCAACCCGCACCCAGAAGGUUCAAGAUGACGCUGCGAAACAAUUGAUCACUCCUCCUCCCUCGGAAAACACGGACACCCCCACCAAGCGCAUCACACGCUCAACUUCUGCCAAAUCUUCUCCCACGAAAGCGGAUGCUAACAAGUUGAAGACCUCUGCGUCUACCCCUGUGCCAACAGUGUCAAAGAAGGGAAAAGAAAAGGAGAUGGUCAAUAUCAAGAAGGAAGAAACCGAACCGCCACGGAUACUUCGUGGCCGUCCCUCUUUACCUGCCGUUGCCGAGCCAUCCAAGGAACCCUCCGCAAAGCCCCAGCCGCCCAGAGGUCCAGAUGGCAAAUUCUUGCCCAUUUGUUCAACUUGCUCGAACAUCCUUCCUGUCAUCUCCGUCGAUUCCCAAGUUGUUUGGGGUCUCGAGACAAGCGGGAAGAAGAAGAAGCAGCAAUGUCCAAGGUGUUUGCGUCAUUUGGAGAUCUAUGGAGAACCCUGGCCAUGUCGGGUGUCUCCUGACGGACCGACGUAUACUCUUCCAACGCCUCGUGAGGAUGCAACGCCAGCGGAGUCUUCUUCUCGUAAAGCCAACAAGAAGGCUUUAUCCGUUCUUGACAAGAAGUUGGCUGAGGCGGCUGCCGCAUCGUCAUCCAAGCGCAAGAACGACAAGGAGGACAAUCGACCUGCCAAACGCCGCAAGACUGAACCCAACUCUCGCGUUGAGACACCCCAGAAAGACACUAGCGGUCGCCAGAGCCUUUCGGCGCCUAAAGCUGCAUCGAGUCAACAAAGAGCACGUUCACCAAGUACAGUGAGCAGUGACGACGACAGCGAUGAUAGCAGUAGCAAUGACGAGCUUCCUCCACCACCACCCAAAGUUCAGAAAUCGCCUCCCAAACCUCGGGCAAAACCGGUCGUCCCCGCUCCCCAGCCAACACUUUCGCGGGCACAACGAGCAGAGGAGCGUGAAAAAGUUCGACAAUGGUUGGAACGAAAGGAUCAGGCAGAAGCGGAAGACACCGAACCGGCGGGGCUGAGUGGACGUAAGCGAUCAAGUGCUGAACUCGAUGACACCGAGGAGACUGCCAAACGGAAAGUCGCUCGCGCUGACGACGAAGCCCCGACAUUGUUACAAAAAGUUGUCCCCCGGCCGAACUCCGGUUUCCGUGGCGGGUCGCUAUUUUCCCGGCCAAAUCCACUCGCCUAUGCGUUGCACGCGUGGGCAAGUCCGCUUCUUUCGACCGCCUCUUCGUCAGAAGAUGAGCAUCCUCCUGAUACUCCAGAAGACGAGGAAAUUGUUCAUGUGUCAAUCAAGACGGUGAAUAGUAUGCUCAAGCCGAGUCCGUUCUCGUUUGCACGGCGGCGCUGGGCGUUGGAGGAGAAAAAGAGCCCUUCUCCUCUGAGCGAUUUAUCUGAUAUUGAUGAGAGGCCGACCACAACACAGCAGCCUACUGCAGAUCCAUUCGCAAGGGCUCCAGCCAGCCCAAUUCGUCGAAUUCUCUCCCCAAUCUCCAUCUCUUCGACGGAAAGUAUUUCUCCAGCCACGAUUCCCGGCGCCACACACCAAACCCCGCCAUGCUCUCCCUUCUUGACCGAUAGUGACGCCUCACCACUACCUCGCCUUCAUCGGGUCUCGUCGCCGUUGUUGGUUGGUGACCUGAAGACCAAAAGCUUGUCACGUUUGCCUCAAAGGGAAGAGUCGCCUCUAACGAUAAGUUCCGACUCGGACUGUUAA